UAGUUGCUCACGCAGUCUGGCUACGCUGUGCAUACGAGCAGAAACAAAAAGUCAUCUUCGAAGCGGCGUUUAGCAUUUUGCAAGUCUUAUUUACGUUCAAUUUUACUGGAAAUAAUCAGAGCACUGUAAAAAUGUCAAUUCUGGCGUAUAAUGGUGGUUGUGUGGUUGCCAUGCGUGGCAAGGACUGCGUGGCCAUUGCCACGGAUCAUCGCUUUGGCGUCCAGGCCCAAACAAUUUCCACAGACUUCAAGAAGGUUUUCCACAUUGCUCCGCGCAUGUUCCUCGGACUGACCGGCCUCCAGACGGACAUCCUGACGGUGCGCGAUCGCCUGAUGUUCCGCAAGAAUAUCUACGAAACGAAAGAGAAUCGCGAAAUGGCACCCAAACCAUUCUCGGCCAUGCUCUCUAGUUUUCUCUACGAGCAUCGCUUUGGACCCUAUUUCAUUGAGCCCGUGGUGGCAGGAUUGGAUCCCAAGACGAUGAAACCGUUUAUCUGCAACAUGGAUCUGAUCGGUUGCCCCAAUGAGCCCGAUGACUUUGUUGUGGCGGGCACCUGUGCCGAGCAAUUGUACGGCAUGUGCGAGACACUGUGGCGUCCGGAUCUGGAGCCGGAUCAACUGUUCGAGGUGAUUGCCCAGUCGAUGGUGAAUGCUUUCGAUCGGGAUGCGAUGAGCGGCUGGGGUGCCACCGUCUUCAUUAUCGAAAAGGACAAGAUUACGGAACGCUCGCUGAAGACGCGCAUGGAUUAGGCAUUAUUCAUCAUUAUGUAAAAAACUCUUUAACAAAACCGAAACAAGAAACAAAUAAAAUUUGUAAGGUUCCCCAAAAAAUGGACUCAAUUUAUUCCCA